AAGAGGCGGCGGGCCCAGCAGCUCUUGGCUCAGGCCAGUCAGGCGCUGACUGAAGCCGUCAGCCUGUGUCUCCAGCACCAGCUGCCCCCCCCCAUCCUGGCUGAAGCCUCUCUCAACAUGUUGGAAUGUUAUGGCCAGUCUGACCCUGCAGAGGCAGGUCAAUAUCUGGCCCUGUUUCAGAGCUGCUGCACUGUUGCCUCCGUGGCUGAGGUCCUAGGCUGUGCCUGUUCUGGCUCCGGUGUGUCCCAGUUCUCUGCUCUGCUCAACCUUCACAGGAUGCUGCUCCUCUCUCAAGAGGAGAGGCCCAGCAGCAUGCUGAAGGGAGUGCAGGACUCCCUCAAUAGCCUCUCCAAGGCCUUCAGCCACCUGACCAUCUACCCCGGCCACCUUCAUAUCCUCGCAGAGCUUCCACCCAACCUUAAAAUUGUGCUGCUUCAGCACUCAGAAGAUGGGUAA